CUUUUGUUUAUGUUUCCCCCGUCACCCCCCACCCCUCGUUUGUCCCUUUCUUUCCUCAGGUAACCAACACGCCCACCCCCACCCUCUCUCUCUCUCUCUCUCUUUCUCCGUUCUCCAUUCGCAUUGCCUUACCUCCGUUCGUUGUUGAACACCGACCUAGGACGGCGUAUAGAACGGAUUCAAACUCGAUCCAAUCCUGAUUGGGCAUACACCGGCCUUGCUACACUUCUACCGGACAGGCCUCACUCAGAACGCGAUAUCUGAACGGGUGCAUCAUCACUUACAUAGGCACCCAUGCGCCCACUCCCGACCUGUCCUCCCCUCCCUCCCUUAGUUGUGCGCUCGCCUGCUCGUCCACUCAACCUGCAGCACCACCACCACCUUCUUUUCUUUCCAGGAUACCCCCUCCUUCACCAACACACCAGAACCUGGACCAGGGACCAGACUAAAAUCAACUCUCUUGCAUGUCCCGCCCCCUCAUCUAACAUAUUGCCGCCCACCAGUGCCCCUCUUGUCCUGCAUCCACCACAGGCCAGGUCCUUUUUUACGUCCGUAACCCCCCCGGAAAGCCCAGGUGAUCCUCGACCGUUCCCAGUUUCUAUUCUCUUUGGACCGCGUCCUCGACUCUCCUCAACGAAUGACUGUUGUGUUUGCUUCCACUCCCAACUUAACAGGCAUUCAUAUCACCCUCCUUUUCCAGGUGCUCGGCCACUGACAAGAAAUCCGAGAUCUGACGCCGUGCAACUACCAACCAUCAAAUGGACUCAGGUCACUAUUCUUCCGCUGCACGUCAUGCCGCCGCCGCCGCCGCCGCCGCCGCCGCCGGGCCUGGUGGUGCCGUCUACUCGGCCCAUCCCAUUGACCACCACGCUCACGCCGCUUACCAUCACACUCACUCGCACUUACAGACACCCGCGCACUCACCCCACGGUCAGCCACAAUAUUACCCGAUGAAUCCCUUGAGCCCCUCCGCACAAGGCCCCUCCAUGACGAGCCCGCGCGUCCUGCCCAACUCGGACUUCAUACCCGCUGGUCAAUCGCCUGGCUCGGCCACCUCGUCCGUGCCGCACGGCAAGCCUGCUCCGCCCGCUGGUCCUGUUUCCCCCGCUGCUUCGGUCUCGGGAGCUCCCAGCCCCUCCACCAAGCCCAUCCGAAGACGCAUGCGCAUGAUCACAUCGUGCCUCGAGUGCCGCCGACGCAAGCUCAAGUGCAACAAGUCUCAACCAUGCGUCAACUGCAUGAAGUUCUCCCGCGACUGCGUCUACCUUAGCCCCAAGCUUGACGAGGCAAGCCAACUGCGCCUGACCGAGAUUAAGGAAAAGGUCGGCUCCCUCGAGCGCCAAUUGGAGCGCGAUGUCGCCAAAACCACGUCCCGUGCCGCUAUGCAGCAGGCUAUCCUCGCUGAUGAUGUUGAGGAUGACUUUGCCGAGGAGCGGGAUCUCGAGCCUACCGACAUGACGGCUCUGGAUGUGACGUACGAGGAGGACGCGGACGGAACCGACGAUCUCAUUGACCUGGGAGUCCAAGUUGGCCGUAUGCGAAUCACAGAACGGAUCGGCGGCCUGUCCAGGCCAAGGAUAGCCGAAGAGAUCUCGGCAGGUAUAUCUGGUCAGGGUGGUCCUGGCGGACCAUCUUCUGGUGGCGCUAUGGGCGGAAUGAUGGGUAUGAUGGGCGGUAGGGGCAUGGGCGGGGCCGGACGAGGCGGCCCGCCCCGUGGUGGGCCGCCACCUGGGUAUCCCGGUUACGCCGGCCCACCACCCGGCAUGGAUUCCAUGUCCGUCAUAAGCGGAAGCUCCAACGACUCAAUCCCCGACUUUCUCAGACCAGGCGAAUCCUACAUCCCCCCCUCGAGCGGCUUUUUCUUCGGCCACACAUCCGAAGCCUUGUCGCUAGAUAGGAGGCUACCCCAAAAGGAAGCGGCAGACCGUCUUACCCAGCAGUACUUCCAAGCGGUUCAUCCCGUCGCGCGGUGUGUUCAUCGGCCAUCAUUUGAAAACGAAUACCGGAAUUUCUGGGAUGAGGUAUACAAUAACAUUGAGCCUCGCGCCUCUACACAGGCCAUCAUGUUUGCGGCCUGGUUCAGUGCUGCCGUCAGCAUGGACGAUGCAACGGUCAGAGAAUUAUUCGGCGUCACCAAGGCCAAUCUGAUUGAGCGGAUGAAGACCGAUACCGAAAGGGCGCUGGGCAAGGCCAAUUUUCUCCGUACAACGAGAGUCGAGACAAUGCAGGCUUUCAUCAUGUACAUGCUUCCCCUCUGCAGGGCUGAGGUUUCCCGAGCCCACUCCGUACUGGUAGGCGCUGCCGUGAGAAUGGCCGAGUGUAUGGGACUGCACAGAGAUGGAGAAACCUACGGACUAAACCCCUUGGACACCCACGUUCGGAGACUCAUCUGGCAUCAAUUGUGCUUCCUUGACAUCCGCACCUGUGAAGCACAAGGUCCGAGACCGGCCAUCAGGAGAGAAGAUUACGACACGAAGCUUCCGCUCAAUUGCGAGGAGAACGAUCUUUACGCCGCCGGCCCGUCCCCUGAGCCCGCCGAGCAUUUUACCUCGACGUUGCCAUCUCUCAUUCGGUUUGAGUGCAACGAGAUGAUGCGAAUAAUCUGGCUGGACCGCCGCAGGCUCGAAAGUCGACGAACCACACUGACUGCUGUUCUCACAAAGAUUGAAAACUUCAGGCGACGCAUGGUUGAAAAGUACGACCACUUCCUCGAUGGAACGGUACCGAUCCAGCGAUACGCCAAGCUUGUGAUGAAUCUGCUUCUCUACCGGCUCCAUGCCAUGAUCCUUCAUCCCUACUACGCGAACGCUGGUAGCCCCAUGACCCACAGACUGAACAACCUCUUGAUCACGUCAGGUAUAAUGAUCGUGGAGAUCUCCAUUCAGCUUGACACCGACCAAUUAUUCCACGAAUGGUCAUGGUACCUCGGCGCUUACCAGCAGUUUCAGAUUGCUCUGCUCCUGGCAACGGAAAUAUACUAUCGACCGCAGAACCAGGAAGCGCAUCGUAUCUGGGCCUGCUUGGAUUACGUUUUCAAAACAGACCGAACUCUGCCACCCGAGAUCAAGGGACUGCAAAUACUGGGUGAAAUCAUGGGCAAGAUGCAGACGUACCAAGGCAUGCGCAAAAUGCGUGCGCCGACAGGCACGUCGCGGGCGGCGCCGAGCAGAAAUGCUGUCGGGGGCAAGAACGACAGCGCUGGCCUACAACUGCCGCCCCAGCACUACAAUGCACAGGACGUUCAGAUGGGCUUCAAGACGGAGCCAGGCAUGGGCGGUGGCACUCAACAGCAGCAGCAGCAGCAUUCCCCAAUGAGCGGCAUGGGAUCCCCCGGAAUGGCAUCGCCGAAUUCUCAGAUGGGUGGUCCGCCUCCGGGCAUCGUCUUCGCGGGCGUUUCUAACGGGGAGGCUAUAUGGAGCAUGCCGCCCGUGAAUGCCGACAGCCCGGAGAGCAUCAGCGACGGUGCCAGCAUCGGCGGACACAGGCCGUCGCAGCCGGUGAACAUGAUGAACUCUCUCGAGGGUGUGGACUGGGACAUCAUCAACAACCUGUUCCCUCACGACCCCAACACUGGCGAACUUAACAUCUCUGGCUUUAACGACCCAUCCCUCGGGCUGAUCAACGGUUAUCACUGGGUGCAGAGAUGAUUCGGAACCACGUAGUUGGCUGGCCUCUCCAUGUGAUUCUGUUUGCGUGUGCGCGUGUGUUUGAGCAUCGUUAGACGUUGGCGGGCUGUGUGCGCGCCUGCGGCGGCAGCGCAACAUAUCUGUGAUACCAUGGCUAUACGUUGUGUGGUUUGGUAUAUAUGUGUGAAUGUGUUACGGGGAUGGGCUGAGGGUCUCCUCACUGGGAGAAGGGAGGGACUAUUUGACUAGGACAUGUAUGUGCAGAUGACAGUUCAUUAGAGGGGGGACCGCGAGGAAUGCUUUGGGACUUUGAAGCUCGCGCAUAUUGUUGGUGUGCUGGUAGCUGGCCGCAGGUUACAAUGAGUCCCUGUGGAUAAUAU